AUGGCGGGCAAGGCGGCGGAUCACCCGAUGAGGUUACUCCUAGAUAACCCCAUAAAGCUCUAUCGUGACUGCAUGCGACUCGCGGACUAUCUAGCUCACAAGCAGGGCUUUCCGCGCGACACGAUGCGCGCCACGGUUCGCGCGCCUUGGAGGAAGCACCAAAACGAGUCCGAUCCUGAGGAGAUCAUGCGGCACAGGGAGGCUGCGGUACGGGGUCUGAGCAAUUACAUGACGUACGAGGCGAGCAAAGGGGCGAUGGAGGGGGUGCCGGCGUUCGCACCAGAAGACGCUGCGGAUUCAGGGAACAAGCGGUGA